ACAGUUAAUUCCAAUUAAUUAUGGAAAUUAGCAACAGCAGAUAAUCGUGACCGGUACUGACACCGAUCCGAAUUAUUCGUUGAGUUAGAGUGAAAGGAAGGCAGUGAGAACAGUAGCGGAAAAGUGCAACGGGAAAUUGCGCAGAUAAGACGGUGAAAAAGCACGCGAUUAUUGUCUAACGAAGCUGGCGGCUGCCACGCGGGGCGGAAGUGUUUUUGCUCCCCAUCCCAAAGGACAAUGUUAUGCUAGUGUUACAGACGCCCGGAUCCUUUGUUAUUCCGGUUUGGGACUCAAGACGAGAAAAAGGGAAAUUUAAUUUGAAAUUCAAAUAUUGAUGCUCCUGUCCGGAGCUGCCGUAGCUGGGUUCCGGAGAGAGUUUUUGUCAAAUCAACUGAACUGGAAAACGAAAGGCGAAACCGAACCGGUUUCUCCGAGGAGCUGAGAAAACGGUGCACCACCGCACGGAUGCUGCAGCGAUUUUGCUGACUUGUCCGAAAUCCGACACAACGGAACUGACGGGUGAUUCGAGCCGCGAUCCUUCCUGUCCCCGCUUCAGUCCCCCUCAUCACGGCUACAAGAUGAUGGACGCUCCGGUGAAUUUCAAUGAGGCCGGCUAUCUCGGAAGCUUCCUGUCCAACAGUCUGAAAACCAACCAGCUGGAGGUCAACACCGAUUCGAAGACGCUCCGGCCGAUAGCGCGCCUGAAGGAACCGCGGGAGCUCUUCGCACUGCCUAAGGAACGGGACUAUGACUGCCCCCAGCAAGCCCCCAGAUGGCCGCUCGAGUGUCAGGUCCUUGAUGAACGCGUUUACCACAUAAACUAUGCCCCCGAAUCACCGGAACCGUACUAUCAGCCCACGGGGAAGGAGUUGCAGCCUCGCCCCGUGGGGGAAGAAAACGGAGUGAUCGUUUUCAACUACAAUCCAACCAGUGCUGUUCAUUAUGAUCAGUACCGCUAUAGCCCCGUUUUGGAUCUGGACGAUGACUCGCAGUGGCGAUACUACGGCUACGAAAACGAUACCGACGAGGACUCUUCGUCCGGUGCCGAGUACGAUGACAGCUGUCUUCGUUACGAACCCAGCGAGUAUGACGACGGUAUGACGCGUGAGGAAAUUAACGACGAGUCGGAAAUCUUCACUCGCAAACAAUUGGAGCAGCUAGCUUUAAAUCAGAUCCAGUCGGAACUUCCCGUCAAACCAGAGGACUUAACCGGUUGUUCAUCUUCCUCGGCAAGUCCCGCUCAGGACAAGAAAUCAUCAGUAGUUCCGCAGCAUCUAGCGACUAGCCGAAGUGACCAAAGUUUCUACGCUAGCGAACCGGAGUCCGACAACGACUCGGAAGGCGAACAGAGCAAACACGACGGGAUUGACGAACCACCACCACUCCUCCUCACAUCCACGAUCACCAACCACACCCAAGACGCCGACGACAACCCGAACCCGAACAACAAGCACACUCUCCCGUCAACCGAUAGCUCACCGAGUCCUACCGUUCCUCCCGUUCCGCAGUUUACCCGUUCGACGGUGGGUGGCUCGAAGGCCCAACCGACGGCGCACCCGAAUGCGUUCGAUCCGGACGAUCUGAUCUUCGAGUCGCGCUUCGAAAGCGGCAACCUCGGCCGGGCUAUCAAGAUUACGCCGACCUACUACGAGCUGUACCUCCGGCCGGACAUGUACACCAACCGGCACACGCAGUGGUUCUACUUCCGGGUGAAGAACACCAAGGCGAAGGUCGUCUACAGGUUUUCGAUAAUAAACCUGACGAAACCGGACAGUCUGUACAAAGAGGGCAUGCGACCGUUACUGUACUCCACGCUGGACGCCGAGUACAACCACGUUGGUUGGCAGCGGUGUGGCGAGAAUAUCGCUUACUUCCGGAACGACAGUGACAACGGUUACGGCCACAGUGGCUACCACCACCGGAUGAUGGACGACGACGAUGACGACUACAUGGGUAACAGUUCGUUCACACUGUCGUUCAACAUCGAGUUCAAGUAUGACGACGAUACGGUUUACUUUGCGCACAGCUACCCGUACACUUACUCCGAUCUGCAGGAUUACCUGAUGAGCAUCCAGCGAAAUCCGGUCAAGUCCAAGUUCUGUAAGUUGCGGCUGCUGUGCCGUUCACUGGCCGGGAACAACGUCUACUAUCUGACCGUGACGGCACCGACCACCCACGAAGACGACAAUCAGAAGAAAAAGAAAGCGGUAAUCAUCACUGCACGUGUUCAUCCAGGCGAAAGCCCUGCCUCGUGGAUGAUGAAAGGUCUCAUGGACUUCAUUACCGGUGAUUCAUAUGUGGCGAAGAAACUUCGCCACAAGUUUAUCUUUAAGCUAGUACCGAUGCUCAAUCCGGACGGGGUCAUCGUGGGGAACACUCGUAGUUCUCUGACCGGUCGUGAUCUCAACCGACAGUACCGAACUGUGAUCCGGGAGACGUAUCCAUCGAUCUGGAACACGAAAGCCAUGAUAAGAAGACUGAUGGAGGACUGUGGCGUGGCGAUGUACUGUGACAUGCACGCUCACUCUCGUAAGCACAAUGUGUUCAUCUACGGCUGUGAAAAUCUCAAACGCCAUCCGGAUCGGCGACUGCUGGAGCAAGUCUUUCCUCUGAUGCUACAUAAAAAUGUGGCCGAUAAGUUUUCCUUUGAAAAUUGCAAGUUUAAGGUGCAGAAAAAUAAGGAAGGAACUGGUCGAAUUGUGGUUUGGGUACUGGGCGUUACCAACAGCUACACCCUGGAGGCUUCGUUCGGAGGAAGUACGAUGGGCGGUCGUUCCGGGACGCACUUCUCCACGGCGGACUACGAACACAUCGGCCGGGCGUACUGCGAAACGCUGAUGGACUACUAUGACGACAAUCCGAUCAAAGAGAAGCUUCGGAUGAAGAUUCUGACUCGGCUAUCGAAAGAGGGUUCUAGCGCGGAUGAACCAUUGAAUAUUCCAUUAUCGGACUACUCCAGUGAUGAGGGCGAUACGAGCACUAGCAGUUCAGAAGACGAAGCUGGCAAGGACAGCAUGGCUGAACUGGAAGGACCUUGCUGUUCAUCUCUGAAGGUGCCACCAUCGUCUCCGGUGUUGCCUCAGAAGCUUAAAGGAAACAAAAAGGGUAAGAAACGCAAUCCACCCAAACUCUGUCGGCGCCGGACGAACAAUUCACAGCGAGUUGUGCUGGAUAUUCCGACGGCUGAACCGGCCAGUGAUUUCUUCGAUUUCACGUCCGAUGAAGAAAAUAAUCCUUCAGGAAAUCAUCCGAUUGCCGUGUCCGAUACGGAAAACACCGUCAAUCGAAACUUACGGCGCAAGCACAAACUACGACAGUCAAAUCGAAUCAAAAAGUUAACCGCACUUGGCUGCGAAACGCAAUACCUGAUGCCACCGGAGUUGAUCGUCCGUUCGGCCGCUAGCCGAUAUCAGUCGGAGGACGAAGAUGACAAGAACAAACUGGUGAUGAGUAUUAUCAAAGAGUUUCCACCGGUGAUUGGUAAGGAUCAAUCGUGGCGAGGCUACAAGCGGGAAAGAAACCGCAUUCAAAUAAAAGCGAUGAGUCCUGAUCAAUUCUUCCCACAACUGUCGUACCGACGUUCGAUUUGGACCGGUACCCAUUCCGACGGGUACGUCAAUGAAAUAUCGACCAUCAGCCCUCGUCCGCUUUCCUGGGGUGUCCCUCCGGCACUGAUCAAAUCUACACAAUUCGAUUGUGAAGCUGUACUGACCGCUUGCUCACAGAAACUAACAGCCUGGAAGAACGAAAAGCGUCACCAGAAGGAACGGCACCAGAAAAGUAUAUCACGUUUGGCAGCCGUUGCUGCCACUUCGGUAAAUUCCCGUGGGGACAAGGAAAACCGCUCGGCUGCUUCCAGAUUCAAACUGUCAAACCCGAAUGAACAGCUCGGCAGCAAACAGAAACUUAUGGCUGAUAAAAAAUCCGGAGAAAGCUUUGAUAGCAGCAGUAUAACCAAGACCCGAAGGAAAACUAGGAACACUCUUAACAAAAUUGCCGAAAAAGCCGAAAUUCCUAAACAUUUUCCUCGCAGCGCUCGUUCCAGUCAAUCACGCCGUCUGUCGAACGUCACCACCUUCCUCUCGAAUUCCUCUCCUCGAAAGUCCACCAGCACCAACAAUCUGCUGGAUGCUUCCACCGUAACAACACCGCCAAUCCCGACCGGGACAUCACUGCUGGUCGCUAGCCAAUCGCUUCGAACGCCCACCCAUCAGGACGGUGCCGGACGGUCCAGGUUUAAAACCGGUGGCAUUGUCGUCACUGCUGCUCAGCCACUUCCGCGGCAGCGAAAGUCACAUCAGCUACGGGCCAUUCGGAACUCGAUUCUUCCCGCACAAGCCGGAAACAGUGGCUCGUCACCUACCAAACUGCCAACCGCGACCGCACACACAAUCGAUCUACAGCUGACCACACUCUGCUCCGAGACCGAGUCGGAAAAGAAUCUCCGCAUUCAGGUUAAUUCUAAAAAACACAGGAAAAAACGAACGGUGGGGAAUCAUCACCGUAAGCCCGCCCGGCUGGUGGUUCUGAACUGAGCCGCACUCAUCGUUUUAGAACUCAGGCUCAUUUAUCUACUAUAGAAUAAUUUAAGUUUUUGAGUGAAAAAUGUUACUUACAAAAAAAGAUGAAAUUUGUUCUAAAUUAUGCAUGUGUGAGAAAAGCAAAUAAA